UAUCUUCACUGCAUCAUCAGUUCCAUCGUACAGAGAUAACCUCAUAUCCUUAAUUCUUUCUUUUGAUACAUACCUAUAUAUAUAUAUAUAUUAUCUGGGAGGAAGGAGUGUAGAGAGAAAAAACAAAUCAUCAAAGAAAUAAACAAGUAUUGAAUUGAAUGAUGAACACGAGCAGCAGUAAUUUGGAAACAAGGCCUUCCUUGCUUCAGGAGCUGCGUAGCUUCGAGAAAGGUGGCUUCUUCGACUUCGGCCACCCUCUCCUCAACCGCAUCGCUGAGAGCUUUCUCAAAGCUGCUGGGAUAGGAGCUAUUCAGGCUGUGUCACGUGAGGCUUAUUUCACAGCCACUGAAGGGCUUGAUUCAAGCGGUGGCGGUAUCCCGCCGGAAAUCUCAGGCAACAAAAAGCAUCGCUUCCCUGACCUCAGAGGUGAAAACAAUACAAAAUCUCUCGAGGCUAUGGUGAAGCAUACUGGAAAGGAAUCUUUGCAAUGGGGGCUGGCUGCAGGGGUGUAUUCAGGUCUCACAUAUGGACUGACAGAGGCUCGUGGGGCGCAUGAUUGGAAAAACAGUGCAGUUGCCGGAGCGAUUACGGGGGUGGCUCUGGCACUCACAUCGGAGGGGUCGUCCCACGAGCAGAUUGUGCAAGGUGCUAUAACUGGAGCUGCCAUAUCCACUGCUGCAAAUCUUCUCUCUGGAAUAUUUUAGGCUGCUGACUGGGGCCUAGUCCCGCAGAGAGCUUUUCUUUGAUAAUGUGGAGAUGUGAUUUGCUCCAUCUCUUGUUUAAGAAAACUUCUGGUUAGGAUUUUUGCUUUUGGAUCGGUUAAUCAUCACCAUCAAGAAUUUUCAGGGUCUACUAGACCUUUUUUCCUUGUAUGGUUUUUGGUUAAACUUCACUGGUUUAAUAUCCAGAUGGUUUAAAUGUUGGGUUAUUGAAGUUCUGUUUUUUA